AAAAGUCCAAGUAUAUGAACAGGAACAUGUUUAAUAAGGGAAUCAUUUGAAAUUUCUCAUAUUCCAUGUGUCUAUUUUGAAAAUGGGAAAGAAACACGAUGUGGUAUUUGAUCUUCAUUGACUAUAUCAAGAAUUGACAGCAGUUCAGUGCACGGGAAUAAUAAAUUGUGAGAUCUGGCUGGCUAGAAAGACAAGAAACAGUGGAAAUACAAAUGCAAACAUACACACACCUGAUAGAAGGAAACAAUCAGAAGAUCUGAUGCAUAAGAAACGAAAGGAAUAAACCACAAAACAUAAAUCAAAAUGAGUUGUCCAAUUCAAGCUGGUCUGCCCAAUAUUGCAACAUUAAAUCCUCAAGGUGAAAAUUAUGACUACAGUUAUGACUACAAUAACACUGACUUUGAACAUCAGGCAAUAAUUAUUUAUUAUUGGACUCUGGAAGAUGCCAUCUAUAUCCUAAGCAUCAUUAUAAGCAUUUUUGGAAUAGUGGGAAAUGGAAUUGUCCUUUGGCUCCUGGGCUUCAAAAUUAAGAGGAAUCCUUUCACGGUCUACAUCCUCAAUUUGGCUGCUGCUGACUUUGGUGUUCUUGUGGUCUUGGACCUCCAAUGCAUAAGUAUUUUCUUCCCACUAAUUACUUUAGAAAGUCAUCUAAUUAUUCUUUUUAAUCUCUUCAUGUUUGCAUAUUGCACCAGUCAAUUUCUUUUGACCACUGUCAGCAUUGACAGAUGUGUGGCUGUGCUGUUUCCAAUCUGGCAUCGGUGCCAUCGGCCACCACGCUUCUCCACCAUACUGUGUGCUUUCAUAUGGGUCGUUGCCUUCCUCCCCUUUGGAAUUAAGAUCUUUUUCUUUGUUACUAAAGGGAUCAGCAUUUCUCGUGAAGUUCUCUCUUUUUUCAUAAAUACUCUGUUUUGCCUGCCUCUCAUGACCCUCUCUAGUCUGAUCCUCUUCAUCAAAAUCUGCCUUAAACCAAAACAACAGAGGCGUAGAAAGCUCCUCACAGUAAUUUUACUAGCACUUUUCUGCUUCCUUAUAUUGGCCUUUCCAUUGACUCUUGCAGAACUGAUGAACUUUUUUGGAUACUUGACACCUUUGUAUUGUUUUACCGUUUUGUUUGCCUGCAUAAGCAGUAGCAUAAACCCGAUGAUCUAUUUUCUGGUAGAGAGCAGGAAGAAAGGUCAAUCUAGGCAGGGCCUGAAGGUCAUCUUCCAGAAAAUUUUCAAGGAGGAUGAAGAGAAUAGGAAGGAAUCAGAAACCCAGGCCCCAAUCCAGAUGCAUGCCCAGUUAUGUUUUGAAAGAAAGGGAACUUAAAAUUAAAGAAACAAAUAAUUAAACUAGAACUUAUCUCUGAACAGUCCUUCCUACUAAAGGAAGAAUGGAGAGCUACUUCAAGUGGUCUUUUAGCACAAGAUGUAAAAGAAGAGAAUCAGUGAAGGGUUUUUAACAGCUUUAUGUUAAAGUAUACUGAACUUUUUCUCAAGUGUUUUUCACUCUAUCCAUAAAUCACUGUUAAAAAUUGAAGUAGUUAUAAUAUGCAUUUGACUUUUUUUCCCUCUUACUCUUGUCACAGAAAUCUGUUGAAUUAUCAUUCAAUGGUUUAAACUACAUCCUAGCUUUAAAAGCCAUCAUACUGUACCUCUGCUCUACAAAAAGUUGUAGAUCUGGUGGAUGACUAUCAAUCCAUGGCUGGUGUCUUAGUAAGUAUCAAAAAAAUUCAAUAGGGCCCUGGACCAUUGAUAGACAAUCAAGAGAAAACUGCUAAAACCAGAUAAGCUCAUGCAUGUAUGAUCUUGUACGACAUAAUUGCUCUCUCAGAAGACAACACAGUAGUGUCCUACAGCCCAAUUAAAUUUAAAAUAAAGUUUUAAAAUGAUCAUGUAUCUGAGAACAGUCUUUGCUGAGUUGUGGAGUAAGAGAGAACUACUUAAAAUGGUUCUUAGCAAAGGAAGGAAUAGAAGAGAAUCUGAAGACCACCAAAGUUUACAUAGUGAAGUUUCCUCCAUCAUAUUAUGUAUAAGUUAUAAAAAGUUCUUCAGGUCUAUGACUUUGACAAGCUGAUUUUAAAAAGAAAUCUUUGGAAUAUACUGCAUGGACUUUGGUGAACUACAGUACUUGUCCAAUUCCUCUUCUUCAGUUCAGCCCAAUACCUACCAUUCUAGCAUUUCAUUCCAAUUAGUUUGUGCUACCAGGAUCAGGAUCAAUACUACACUCCAGUUAUCUAAUUUAGAGUCUUCUGAUCUGCAAUAUCAUUAAGAAUGUAAAAACAAUGUAUUUAUGCAGAUAUAACAGGGAAAAAAGUCAUAUCACGUCAGUGUUUUCAUUUUUUCGAGAUGAUAUUAGCCCUAACUCCAACCAAGAAUGGGUUGGGCAUGGAAGGAAGGGCUUUCCCCUCCCAGAAAUGUGUCUGGCUGGUUUGGGGUAUGGCAUCAGCUGAGACUCUUGUCAUGUCCCAUCUGGCUGGUUAGGGCCUCCUGGGGGAUAACCGUUCUUAGAUUGGGAGGCACCACACAUGGUCACUCACACCUUAGUCACCUCCCAAUUAGACUAUAGCACGGACUUGCAAUAGUGACUUUUAUCAUUCUAAAUCUUUGUUCUUGCUACAUGCUUUCCGAGCUUUGGUUAAGACUAACUUUUAUGGGCAUUUCAAGUCGUUAUUUCUAAUUUGGGGGUGGUGGUGGUAUAAUAUUUACUAAAAGCUUA